GCCUCUGGCCCCCUGGAGCCCGGUGCUGCCGGCGGGAGGGGAGACGAAGGCUGCAGGGGAGGGAGGGAGGGAGCCGGCCGAGCGGGCGGGCCGCGGCGCUGGAGCGGGCGGCGGCGGCAACGGGAGGAGGGAGGAGGAGGGCGGGCGGCGGCGCGGGGAGGAGGAGGAGGCGGAGACUCUACUUGGGAAUCGGAUAUCGGCUACAAAUUCAAUUCAUCACCAGAAAACACCGCUCGGGCGGGGGGCCGGGUCCAGCUGCCCGGCCGCGGGGCCGAGCGUACAAGGCCGGAGACCCCGGACAGCGGCCUCGCCUCGGGGACCCGGCAGCCGCCUCCCCGCCCCCUCCUUCCUCCCACCAGGGGCUGCCGCCGGAGCUUCUUGCCGCCGCCGCCGCGGGGCUUGUUGUUGACUUUGAGGAAAACUCCUGACGUCAGGGGCUGGCUCUCCGCGACUGGCGGGAGCGGCUUCCCCGCGCCCCGGCCCCUGCUCGCCGCCUCAGCUCCGCGCCCCAACCGGGCGCCCGUCCCCAGGCUGCCCCGCGCCCCUCAGACCCGCGGCGACCCGCGCCCCUCGGCUUCCUCUCGCGAGAACACCUCCCCUAGCAGCCCGCGCUGCGGGGCCGCUGUUCCCGCCGCCGGGAAGUUCUGGGUUUCCCCCGGGCAGGGUGGCCCUCGACGGGGCGCCCGAGGCCCAGGACACCCACCGCGCUGGGACGCCGCGGGGAGUGCGGGCCCGGGGUGAGGUGAGUCGUUCUCACCUGCACCUGGGCGAGGCGGACUCGGGAUCGGUGCAAACCAGAAUACAUUCCCACCAUCUGCCUCAAGCUGCUGCCAUCAUGAUGUGUCCACUUUGAUGACUGUACCCUCAAACUGUGAGUCAAAAUACCUUUCUUCUUCAAGAUGCUUCUCCUGGGUGUACAAGGUUUGUUCUUUUGGGCCACCAACCAGCUCCCAAAUCAUGACACAGAGACUUAUUAGCUAUGAAUUCUCAGUCUUAGCCUCAUUUCUUGCUAGCUUUUAUAACUUAACCUAUUUCUCUUCAUCUAGGUUUUGUCUCAGAGCUAUUUACCUACCUUCCUUCAGUCCUUCCUUUCUGUAGAUCUUACUUUCCUGCUCCUCCAGUCUCUGGCUGGCUGGCAGCUGACUGGCUUCUGACGCCAGGCCUGUCCCUCUCUUUUUCCCUCAUUCUCUUCAUUCUUUCUUAAGCCUAGAUUUCUCCUUCUACUUAUUCUCCCUGCCUGCCAGCUCUGCCUAAC